GUUUGUGGGAUUUUUGUCUAAAAUGCUUCUUAUAAGCUCCACCCUCAGUGUGACCUAUAUAUAAAAGUUGUCCCCUAUCGAUGCUAACCCUUCCCUUAGUAGGCUGACUGUCAUGGUAUUAUAUUAUAUAAUGUCUUACUACUUUAGCAUUUAGGUCGUUCCAUCCGUCUUCGUCGUGUCGCAGUACCACGCGUCUAACUGCAGCCACAGCUUCAAUAUGACUCACUUCAAGUCAUCCUGCUCUGCCCUCAUCUUUUGUAUAGAGUAGUUCCGUUCCCAGUAUCGGCAUGUUAUCCCUGCAUUAUCUUACAAAUUGUCAUAAAAUGUCCACGCUUCCGAUAUCCGAGGACAAUCCAUUCCAGACUUUGAUUACUGAGACGAAUACUGAUGCGGCUCAGUUGCAGUCCUGCUACGAGGAUCACCGAGUAAAUCGAAAUGCACAGCAAGCUGCGAAGAUCCUGGUACCAGACUUCGCAGGCUGGAAUCUCGACGAGAUUUUAAUGCGCCUUGACGGCCCUGCAAAGGAAGAAGGGUUUGUUGAUCCGCGCAACUGCCUGGUCAUUUGGGCCCGGCCCCCUUCUCCAAUUCGCGAUCUUGUAAAGUUCGUGCAAAGCGAACUCAGAAGCGUUGCUCCGACCCUCUGGUUCAUGCCCUCCGAGAAUCUACAUACAACAGUACUGGAAAUAGCCCAUUCAUUGACCGAAGAGCAGAUUGAGAGUCUGGUAAAUACUCUGCAGUCAUCACAGAACAUAACCAGUGCAGAUAUUGCAGACUAUGCGUUUGCUCAUCGAACACGCCUUGUGAAGCCUAUGGUGGGCUUUGAUUCUGCAGCCAUGGCACUGACCUUUGUCCCAGCCGCUGGAGAAGCUUCAGAUGCGCAACGCAGUAUCGACGACGAGACCUACAGUUAUCAUCAUCUACGUCGUGAUAUAUUUGACAUGGUUCGGGCGGCUGGUAUCCCGGUUGCAUCGCGGUACAUUGUUCCUUCAGCCCAUCUCACCAUUGCUCGGUUCGUCACUCAGGACGGCUUCGUCAGACAAGGAGACGCAGUGGGAGAGGGACAUGUUGACCCUUCCAAGGUCAAGGAACUGAUUGAUAAGAUUGACGAAAUUAACCAGAAGCUGCAGGACGAAUAUUGGCCUAGUGAGAACGGAACAAUCAAGGCCGGCGGAGAGUGGCUGGUUGGCCAGGAAAAGGGCUUGGUCAUUCGCAGGGGUCGUCUGUGGUAUGGUGGUGGCGAUGAUGUACAGCUUGGAAAGGGCUAUUGAGCCUGAAUUAGUAUGAUACCUUUCUGUGGAUGGUCAUAAACACCAUCCUGAACGGAAAUGGACUGAAUAUACUUCUGUCUCCGUUCUAUGACAUAGAGGUUACUACACUCGGAGUCGAGUGUUUUAUGAAAACAGAUUCAAUGCAGGCUGUAUAAAGAGGAACAGGUCUAUCAUCGAG